AUGCGCGGGCGGGGUGAGCUCCCCAAGGCGAGGUCUAUAUUUAUCAUGGACAACUUGCACGCGCAGACCACGGACGAGUUCAAGGAGUAUCUUGCGAAGCACUGCAACACUCUCGCCUGGUAUGGCCCUUCGGAGUGCACGGACGAGGUGCAGCCAGUUCAUGCAGAAGCCGGACGAUUUCUCAAGGUGGAAGUCGGGAGGCAGAUGGACAUAUGGCUCGAGCAGUCGGACAACCUCGAGAGGUGGGAAACCGCGUCGCUGACAGCUUCUGAUCGGCGCGUCCUGAUCACUCAGUGGAUGGGAGCGGCCAUGGCAAGACUCGACAGCCAACAGGCGUACCGAUACCGUCUUUUCAAGAAGUGCGGGAUGGUCAUGACCGUGGACGGCUCGGGCGAUGAUCGAAUCACCUUGGAGGGUUUGGACAAGCCGUAUACCUUCGCUUACGAUGAAGACAGUAGCGACGGCGAACAAGCUUCGGAGAACGGCAACGAUGAGCCUGAGCGGCGGGCGGAGGAGGGCGAUGGAGGACGUGAGACGCUCAUGGAGGGCGUUGACUCCAGCGAUGAAGACGACGGCGACAAGUACAGCGGAGAUUCGGAUACGGCUAUAGGCUCCUGGGUUUUGCUUGAGAGCAUUAGUAGAUCGGGAAGGGUACGCAGGACCAACGUCACCCUUGUGGACUAAGAAGGUUGACAGUUGCUGCUCCAUGCCUUGGUAUUUUCUUGUAUCGACAGCAGUACUAGUGUUGCUCAUGGUUGACAGCCGACAAUAUAGCAAAUGAUGUUAAAAUACUGAAAGAACAAGAACGCCCCGUUCUGGAGAAGAAUGGACGACGAAAUAAGAACUUGGCAAAUAAGAACUGGCGCUCGGGUUGGGGCAGCCACUAAGAACUGAGCCUCGCCCAAUAUAGGAGGUUCUUAAGUGCGGGCCGGCACUGUACUCGCAAUCAGCUGAAACGCGGGUCUGCCUCAACGGCUAUUCGCAGCAAGAGCGAGUCACGUGAAUGCCCCGCGCCUACUACGUACAUAAAAGGAGAGUCGAAGAUGUAUGUAGUCUAGACUAUGGUUGGUUCUUCGAAGAAUUAACUCUUCCAAGCCGUGAAAGCUUUCGGUUUGGGCCGACAGAGACGCAGAAAAAUAGGAAUGCGCCCGCCCGUAGGCGACCCGUACCGACCUACGGACGCAAUCUUAUCUGCGAAGGAGCGUCGAAGAUGGCCAUCUAUCUACUGUAGACUACAUGGUUAUUCGAAGAAUUAGACUAACUCUUCCAAGCCGGGAAGCCCUUGGCUUGGGCCGACAGAGACGCAGACAUUUGGAUACGGAUGGAUGGGUGCUUUGUUGCAAUAAUCAUGGCCGCGGCUUCUCGUCUCUCUUUCUGGGCGUGGGGCAUUUACGGUCUCUCACUGGCUUCUACCGCGAAUAGCCGUGGGGGUACAUCAAGAACACCCGUCGCCCCGGUGGUCUAGUGGGUGACCUCGCAGCCUGCUAUAAUAAGGGCCAGGUCAUGGGGUUUGAGUCCCGGCAGAGUGAGUUUUUUUUGAAAAUGUUAUACACGACACCGGUGUCGUACUUCCUUACAUACGACACCUACCAUUUCUUGGCCCACAGGGCUCCAAUCGGCGUACAACAAAAUGCGCUGUGUAGCCACGGCCCGCAGCUAUCAGCCCAUACCAUUUUGGGUCAAAUCGGCCAAGUGGUUGCGGAGAAAAAGCCGAAAAUAGGGGGCUCCGCAACUUACCGGGGGGGUGUCAGCGACGUUCCGGUCGUAACUCCUUGCACAGACAUCGCCUGAUCGCACGUAAACUCGCGAUGAGUACAUAAGCUUAUAUACUCUUC